AUGGUGGAAGCUCACUUGGUUGACUCUAAAUCAACAUUCUCGACUUUUGCUCAUUUACUAGACGCCCGCAUACUACGCGCCCUUGCAGACAUGGGCUUCGCUCGUCCAACCCUCGUCCAAGCGAAAGCCUUGCCAAUUGCUCUGGAAGGCCGCGAUAUCCUUGCAAGAGCUCGGACAGGCAGUGGCAAAACCGCCGCAUAUUGUAUGCCAGUCGUGCAGAAAAUUCUUAGUGCGAAAUCUUCGUUAUCUGCCUCAGAUGACGCUUAUCAAGUGACACGUGCUGUAAUCCUUAUACCUACUCGCGAAUUAUCCGAACAGGUCACGGCUUGUCUUCAAAGCCUUCUUACUUAUUGCGAGAAGGAAAUCAUCGUUAUGAACUCUGCUACUGGUUCCUCUACACAUCUUCAACGUGCAAUUCUCGCGGAUAAGCCAGACAUCGUCAUUUCAACACCUUCUCGUGCCCUCGGGCUGCUUCAAUCAAAGACUUUGAGCUUCUCUUCACUGGAAUCCCUUGUUAUUGACGAGGCUGAUCUCAUUUUGUCCUAUGGGCACGAUGAGGACGUUCGACAGAUCUUUUCCGGAGGAUAUCUACCGAAGGUGUAUCAGUCAUUUUUAAUGAGCGCAACCAUGACAGAUGAUGUCGAGGCGUUGAAAGGCUUGACUCUUCGUAGUCCAGCCAUUCUGAAGCUGGAAGAAGAUGAGGAUGGAACCUUACUCCUCAGCCAAUACUCCGUUCAGUGCUCUGAAGUCGACAAAUUCCUUCUCACAUAUGUCAUCCUGAAACUCCGCCUCAUAAAGGGCAAAUGCAUAGUGUUCGUGAAUGACGUCGACCGCUGCUACCGCUUGAAACUAUUCUUGGAGCAGUUUUCGAUAAAAUGCUGUGUGCUAAACUCUGAGCUUCCCCUUAAUUCCAGAUAUCACACGGUGCAGGAGUUUAACAAGGGUGUCUACGACUACAUCAUCGCAACUGAUGAACAAGGUGCCCGCACGGAAGCUGAUUCUGACCAUGAACCUGAGGAAGAUGGAACAAACCCAGACGAAGAUAUGCAACUUGAACCCGCGUCUAAGAAGCGGAAGCAUCCCUCAAACACUCCUCAACCCGGCCCCUCCAAACCAAAGAAACAGAAACGCCGUACUAAGUCGGACAAAGAGUAUGGCGUUACACGUGGAGUGGAUUUUGUCGAUGUUGCUUGUGUGCUCAACUUCGAUCUACCCACCUCAUCUCGAUCAUAUACCCAUCGCGUAGGACGCACUGCCCGCGCUGGUCGGGCAGGCAUGUCAUUAUCCUACGUCGUCCCUAAAGAUCAAUGGGGUAAAAAUAAGGUCGUCGGUGGCCUUGAAAGCGCGAAGACCGACGAGGUUGUAUUUGCGAGGAUCGAGAAAGAGCAAGCGGCACGCGGUUCCAAAAUACAGGAGUACAAGUUUGAUAUGAAACAGGUGGAGGCAUUCCGAUAUCGAAUGGACGAUGCACUGCGGUCCGUGACAAGAAGCGCUAUCAAAGAGGCUAGAAUUAAGGAACUUAAAACUGAGAUUAUCAACUCAGAGAAACUCAAAGCCCAUUUCGAGGACAACCCACACGAUCUAGAAUAUCUACGCCACGACAAACCGCUACAUCCCACCAGGGUCCAGACUCACAUGAAACAUGUACCGAAAUAUUUACUUCCUCGUCUAGUUUCAGCUCCAGCCAUCGAAGCUGAAAAGUCUCAAGUUGGUUUCGUGUCAUUCAAAAAGUCCUAUGCACGUGGUUGUGGCCGCAGUGGUGCUCGCGAUAGUAGAGGUGGUGGGGGCGGAAGUCGCGGUGGGAAGAAAAAAUCUGAUCCUCUGAAGAAGUUUCGGUAG